CAAAUUUGUCCUUAUCUUUCAAGGCGUAAUCCCCCGUUUUGACGUGUCGCUUUCGCAUCGGUGUUGCUGAGGCUGUCGGGAACGGAGCCGCUGGUUCGGCUAUCGGCUGGCUACUAACCUAGGCAUCUAUGAUAUUUCCCGUCGACCGCAUCACUUUCCAUCACAACAUCAUCUUUAUCCUGAUUUCCCUAGACACAAAUGGUUUCAGGCGCCAAUGACAAAAGCACACCCGCAAUAGUCUCUUUGGCAGCUGGCGGCAUUGCUGGCGGUGUGGAAGGCUUUCUUUCGUAUCCUCUCGAGUUUGCGAAAACGCGUGUACAGUUGAGAGCUGAGAAAGGCGUACCGACACCACGAAACCCUUUCCUCGUCGUGACCCAAGUUUAUCAAAAUGAGGGAAUCAAAGCGCUUUACAAAGGCUGCGGAGCGCUGGUCUUCGGUUCAGUAGGCAAAGAUGCUGUUCGCUUUCUCUUCUUCGAUCAGAUCAAGUUAUCCUUCGCAGAUCCAGAGACUGGCACACUUUCGCCACUUCGCAAUCUGUUGGCUGGCAUGACUGCUGGGGUAGUCGCAUCGAUCACUGCGGUCACACCUACAGAACGCAUCAAAACGGCACUUAUUGAUGACGCCAGAAAUGAAAAGCGUUUUCGCUCCGGUUUUCAUGCGACAGCAACAAUCUGGAAAGAGCACGGUAUACUCGGUCUAUACCGUGGCUUUGCAGGGACUACCCUCAAACAGGCAUCAGCAACAGCAUUCCGGAUGGGAACGUACAAUAUUCUCAAAGACUUUGAAAAGACCAAGAACAUCGAACAGAACACCGCAGUCAAUUUCGCAAACGGAUCAGUAGCAGGCGUUGUGACAACGCUCUCCACACAGCCUUUCGAUGUCAUUAAGACACGAUCGCAGAGCGCAAGAGGUACAAGCACUGCUGAGGCUGUGAAGAGUGUGUUGUUGGAUUAUGGUAUCAAAGGAUUCUGGAAAGGCACAACGAUGAGACUAGGGCGCACGGUGUUUAGUGGUGGUAUACUAUUUACGAGCUACGAGGCUGCUGUCAAGCUCAUUUUACCAUUGUAUCCCGGCACGAAGCAAGCCGAAGUAUCAUAGAUGCAAAGAACGACCUAAGACACUGGCCUCUUCAUUAAAGACCAUUCUGCCAACCUCCGUACCUAACACUUAUUGCUUUCCGUCAUACUCAUCAACAACGCUUACAGGCUUUACAAACUUGCCCAGGGGCUUGUACUCUAGAUGGUCCAACCCAAAAGCCUUCGGCCCACCAAUUUCGAUACCCUUUGGACUAGUCCAGCGAUCACUCGCAGUGAUACCGA